GACGUCGUAAGGAGAUUAUUACUCAUUUUAUGCAUUCAAAGAUUCAAUAGCGCAGCGUGCGUACUAUAAAACGCGUUCCCACGCAUUUUUAACGGCCAUUCUCAGACCGCGCCUUGUUUCUCUCUUUUCACAGAGAAAAAACACAAUUCCUUCCUUUUUCUCCCUUCUGCUGUUCCUUGUUUAUUGAGUUUGCAAAUCUUUCCAUUGCGAGUAAUCAACCUCGACCUAACAACACAAUAUUCAACAAUGUCGUUUCCGGAUUCCUCUCAUGGCGGAGAGUACAAAUUCUUUCGUCAAAAAGGCCGUGAUCGUUUAUUACAUGAAAUGUUGGGAUCAGCUAAUGCAGAUUCAAAAUCGUGGAAGGUGUUCAUCAUGGAUAAAGUUACACUGAAAGUCAUGUCUCAUUCAUGUACAAUGGCAGAUAUAACAGACCAAGGAAUUUCAUUGGUGGAAGACCUCUUCAAGAGAAGACAACCAUUGCCUUCCAUGGAUGCAAUAUAUUUUAUCCAGCCAUUAAAAGAAAAUGUUAUAAUGCUCUUGUCUGACAUGUCUGGACGGGAGCCUUUAUACAGGAAAGCAUUUGUAUUUUUCAGUUCACCUCUUCCGAAAGAGUUCGUUAAUCACAUCAAGAGUGAUUCAAGUCUUUUGCCUCGUAUAGCUGCUUUGAGAGAGAUGAAUCUGGAGUAUUUUCCUAUAGAUAGUCAGGCUUUUAUCACUGAUCAGGAUGAAGCAUUAGAGGAUCUCUAUGGUCAAAAUGCUGAGAAUUCUCGUAAAUUUGAGACUUGUAUAAACUCAAUGGCAUCUCGCAUUGCCACCGUGUUUGCUUCAUUGAAGGAGUAUCCUUUUGUGCGCUAUCGCGUUCCCAAGGCUUCUGACGCAUCUAUGACAACAUUUCGUGAUUUAAUACCUACAAAGCUUGCUGAUGCUGUUUGGAACUGUAUUGAAAAGUAUAAAUCUAUCCCUAAUUUUCCAAAGACUGAAACAUGCGAGCUGCUCAUUUUAGAUAGAUCUGUUGACCAGAUAGCUCCUGUUAUACAUGAAUGGACUUAUGAUGCUAUGUGCCACGAUUUACUGGAUAUGGAUGGUAAUAAAUAUACGCUUGAGGUUCCAAGCAAAACAGGUGGUCCACCUGAGAAAAAGGAGGUCCUUCUUGAAGAUAAUGAUCCAGUUUGGCUUGAGCUUCGCCAUGCCCAUAUAGCAGAUGCAAGUGAAAGAUUGCAUGAUAGGAUGACAAACUUUGUAUCAAAGAACAAAGCUGCACAAAUUCAACAAAACAGAGAUGGAGGUGAAUUAUCUACACGAGACAUGCAGAAAAUUGUUCAGUCUUUGCCAAAAUACAACGAACAAGUUGAAAAGAUCUCUCUCCAUGUAGAGAUUGCUGGACAAAUUAACCAAAUAAUCAGAGACAUUGGGCUUCGAGAACUUGGACAACUGGAGCAGGAUCUUGUAUUUGGAGAUGCUGGGGCUAAGGAAGUCAUUAACUUCUUAAGGACAAAGCAGGACACAACCCCUGAAAAUAAGUUACGGUUGUUGAUGAUUUAUGCCUGUGUCUAUCCUGAAAAGUUUGAGGAUGAUAAAGCAUCAAAGCUACUGCAGUUGGCAGGAUUAUCACGAGAGGAUAUGAAGGUUAUUCAUAACAUGUGGUUGCUUGCUGGAUCAUCGAAUUCCAAGAAGAGUUCAUCUGACAGUUUCUCUCUUAAGUUUAGUGGUGGUGGUCAGAAGACUAAGCAAGCAAGAAAAGACCGGACUGGUGAGGAAGAAACAUGGGCCCUAUUUCGAUUUUAUCCCAUGAUAGAGGAGCUUAUUGAAAAUAUUCACAAACAUGAUUUGCCAAAGAAUGAGUAUUCGUGUAUGAAUGAUCCAAAGUCAGCCGCCCAGGAAGCCCCACCACCUUCAUCAGGUAGGAAGAAGGCAGCGUCUGCUUCUUCUGCUCCUGACAAGAAAACUCCUGCACAUUCAAUGAGAUCAAGACGAACUCCAUCUUGGGCAAAAUCUGAAGAUGAAAGUACGAGUGAUUCACUUAGUAAGCCAGCACUUGAUGUUAGGAAGAUGGGACAACGAAUAUUUAUAUUUAUCAUCGGUGGGGCAACAAGAUCUGAGUUGCGUAUUUGUCACAAGCUUACAGCAAAACUGAUGAGGGAAGUUGUCCUAGGUUCUACUAGUUUUGAUGAUCCCCCAGUUCAUAUUACGAAGAUGAAGAUGUUGGGAGAAAUAUAAACUUGGGUAGCAGAAUAAUGAAGUCCAAUAGUCCUAAGACCUGUGCUCACAUUUAAAUAUGAAUUAUGGAAUCUUUUGUAGAUGAAAACAGGGAAAAGAAUGGAUUGUUUCUGGAGAAUCCUGGCCUGGCAAGUAUAUAUACAUACAUACAUACAUACAUAUAUUUAUAUAUAGCUGGAAAGCAUCUACGACCUGCAAUGGAUACGAUUUCAUUCGGAGUCUUUUUACAAUUUUUUCAUUUUUUUUCAGGGGUAAUCAGGACGUCCUAAGGAGUAAAUUAUAACCCAUUGUAUACGAUAAUAUAUUUAUCUUGUUUUGUUGUGGUUUAUUGUGUUUGGUUCAUUUUAUUGAAUAUGUGUAUAUUUGAGAACGAUUUUGGUAUAAGUUUAGCAGUGCAAUUUUGAAUUCUAUUGCUAUAAUAUUAUUUGGCGAAUUUGUCUUGCAAAAUAAUUAUGUUUCUCUAGUGAUGUAAUUCAAGGGCUGGACUAGAGUUGUAUGCCAUUUGAGUCAGCUCAGGCUUAAGUAGUUGUCCAGCGUGAACAAGUGGAAUUUGAGUUGCAGUUGUACU